AAGAAUCAUCUCCUGGAAUCCGCGAAACCCAAUUCUGUGUUGGUAGUUCUCCUGCCAUUACUGACCUUUGACAAUCUCUUUAACUCCACAAUUUGUCGUAAUCAGAUUCGGUAAUAAUUUUGAUCGCUUGCUUUCACUUUUAAGUUUUCACCUUACAGAAAAAGGCAGUUGACGGCGGCAUUGUCUUUCCGUCGAACAAAACAGCCAAUCUUGAUGCUGUUCGUCUCCAAGUUGAGCUCUGAUCUGUUUUGUGAGAGGAGAUAGGAAUCAUGUCGAGGCCGAUGCUGCUUGUUUUCGUGUUGCUGAUAUUGGUAAUCAUGUCCCAAAUUGAAUGGAGACAACAAUUUGUAAGUGAUGUGGAUACAAGUCCAAGGGAGCCACAGAAGCAGCCACAAGUUUCCAAUAGAGAAGAAACUGUCAAGGAGAAGAUUAUCUUAUCACAGGAGAAGCACAUCCAGAGGCUGAAUGAGCUCGUUCGCAUUCUAAGGGAACAACUCCAGCAAUGCCGUAGCAAUAAUGAGACAUCUAACGCCACUCUCAGCGCUCUGAGUGAGAAUGUUAUUGAAUUUGAGCGACAUCAUAUUCUGGAGGACUGAAAUCCGAACGUUGAGUUAUGUAAUCGCGUAUGUAUGUGUAAUAUUUUGCUGUCUUUCCUUCUAAGCAGCCUAUUCUACUGAGGCUUGUGGAACUCUUUGCUAACCUAAAGUACUAGUGUUGGUGC